CAAUCCAAAAGUAGCAAUAGCAACACUAAAAGCCGUUUGCCAUUUUUGCUGUGUAAAAGGUAUGCUGUUGGUCCUCCGCAGGCCUGAAUUUUCUUAAAUAGUGAGAUUUAAAGACAUUUCCUGAUAUUUGGGACUAACUAGUCAUGUCUAUGGCACUAAAUCCACAAUAUGAUGCGAUUGGAAAAGGUUUCGUACAGCAAUAUUACACACUGUUCGAUGAUCCGGCACAGCGGCCAAGUCUCGCUAAUAUGUAUAAUGUUGAAACAUCAUUUAUGACGUUUGAAGGAGUCCAGUUACAAGGUGCUGUUAAAAUAAUGGAAAAGCUUAAUAGUCUAACAUUUCAAAAGAUUGGUAGACUUAUAACUUCAGUUGAUUCACAACCUAUGUUUGACGGUGGAGUUUUAAUUAAUGUUCUCGGUAGACUGCAGUGUGACGACGAUCCUCCACAUCCAUAUAUGCAGACUUUUGUUUUGAAGCCACUCGGAGAUUCCUUCUUUGUACAGCACGACAUAUUCCGCCUCGGCAUUCACGACGUUGCUUAAAUUCUAUUAAUUGUAUCAUAUUGCUAAAAAUAUUCAACUGGUUAUGACUAAUGAUUAUCUUGCUGCUAUAAUCUGUAUCUUGUUUUGGUUAUCUAGGUAUAAGAAGCUAGUAUGAUCACUACCCCCUCAAACAUUGAAAUUGUAAAUUAAACUCACCAUGAAAUAUUUAGCAAUAUUCUGGUUGGCCUUAGAUAAAUUUUCGAGUUGGCUUUAGUCAAUGUAAAGGUGGAUUUUUUUCAGUUACAUGUAUACAUUUUAUAAUAAAUACAUUAUUUUUUAA